AUGGACGAAGAUCAAUUCCAUAUUCCAAUGCUUGGUAAUCAACUUGCUGAAAGAUUCGGACAAGAUGUUGCUUACACUACCGUUCAGAAAUGCCUCAACAACUGUGUGUCAAGUUACUCAGAGGGAUCUCUUCUCCCCACUGAAGAGAGAUGCUUGAGAAACUGCUUUGUAAAGAGCUAUGACUUCUUCAAAUAUGCAGAUGAUGAGCUUAAGUUCUUCCUCAGACAGAACAAGGAAUAAUUAUUCUCUAACCUGGUUAAUUUUAUCUAGUUUUCUUUCGAAAUUAUGGCUAUGGAGAUUCCUUCUGAUUAUCCUAGUCAUAACCAGGGUUUAUCUCCAAGAGUUAGC